UAUGGAAACGUACUUUGAUUUCGAAUGUUUUUCUGCAGAUAAAAAUGUCUGCAUUAACUUGUUUUGAAUUUCUAAUCCUCCUAUCAUUCAAUUUCAAUUUCACACAAGUGCUUUCAAUCGAUUGUUUCAAAUGUAUAUCAAUCAACAAGAGUUACAGACCGUGCGAAGAUCCCUUUCAUAACAAUUAUACCGCUGAAAUUCUUCAUUCGCCGUGUAUGGGUGGCAGAAAAGGCAGAGAUGGCGUUUUUCCAGCAACUUCCUGUAUAAAGAUAACGGGAGUAUUUGAUGAAACUGAAGACGAGAUUGUUCUGAGAGGUUGUGCUUUGGAUAGUGGUGGUUUGACCGCAGACACCGAGUUAGUUAGAAUGUCCCACUGUGGCGGAUUUUACUACGACAAUAAAUAUGUUCGAGGUUGUGUUCAAAGUUGCAAUGACGCCGAUGCCUGCAAUAUUUCACUAACACUGAAAACAAACACCAUUUUUGACAUGUACUUAUAUAUUUUUUAUGUUUUUGUCAUGUUUUUCGAAUAAAUAUAAAGUUA